GUUGCAAGCGCUCGUGCAUCCACCAUAGAUGGGGUGUGUAUAAUUAUUUUGUCAACACCACAUAUACAAUUGCACUGCUCAUCUAUAGCAUGUGCUAUGAUUUGCUACUUUUGGUCUUCACCAUAAUCGGACUUUGGAGGAUGUCAUCGUCUUCUACGCUAUGGAAGACACUCGUGAAACAGGGGGUGAUCUACUUUAUCGUCAAUCUGAUAAUGAACACAGGUCUACUGGCCCUGAAUCUUUUGGACAUUCACCCUAUUAUGGGUUCUAUUUUCGCGAUGCCUGCGUCGUGCGUUUGCACAAUUGCAUCUAGCCAAGUGGUACUCUCGCUCCUCCGUCCUUCGUCCAAUCAUGAAAGUGCUAAAGCGCCACCGCUGACGACUCAUGACACCGCUCUACGCUUCGCAACUGUUGCUGAACCCUAGGAGAGCAUUUGUUUAGAAUCACCACAAGUACAGUACUACAUAGUUCUUGGUUUUCGGAUGGAACCAGGUAGUAUGACGUUCGCGGGUGAACGAAACAUUCUGAAUGUCGAGUGACCUGAUUUUAUUCUGCUCGUAAACCGCUC